UCCGGCGGGCGGCGGCCAUGGCGGCGGAGGUGCUGGGCAGGACGGCGGCGCUCGGCCUGGAAGAGCUGUAUGUUUCUGAACGGGAGGGCAAUGAUUCCACUGGUGAUGGGACCCAGAAGAAGCCGUUCAAGACUGUUUUAAAGGCUUUGAUGACAGCAGGAAAGGAACCAUUUCCUACUAUUUAUGUGGAUUCCCAAAAAGAAAACGAGAGAUGGGCCAUUAUUUCAAAGUCGCAGAUGAAAAAUGUCAAAAAACUCUGGCACAGGGAACAGAUGAAGAAUGAAGCUAAGGAGAAGAAGGAGGCAGAAGAUCUCUUGAGAAGAGAGAAGAACCUGGAGGAAGCCAAGAAGGUUGUUAUCAAGAAUGAUCCCAGCCUUCCCGAGCCGAAACGCGUAAAGAUCGAUGCGCUGGAGGCUUACAGGGGCCAGAGAGUGAAGAUUUUUGGCUGGAUUCACCGAUUACGGAGGCAAGGGAAAAAUUUGAUGUUCAUUGUUCUGAGAGAUGGCACGGGUUUUCUUCAGUGUGUCCUUUCAGAUGAACUGUGUCAGUGUUACAACGGGCUAAUUCUCUCUACAGAGAGCAGUGUGGCAGUGUAUGGUACGCUGAACCUUGUUCCUGCAGGCAAGCAGGCUCCAGGAGGCCACGAGCUGAACUGUGAUUACUGGGAGCUUAUUGGUCUGGCCCCGGCAGGAGGGGCUGACAAUCUACUCAAUGAGGAUUCAGAGGUCGAUGUGCAACUUAACAACAGGCAUAUGAUGAUUCGAGGCGAGAAUAUGUCCAAAAUCUUCAAGGUGCGCUCCAUGGUAGUACAGGCCUUCAGGGAUCAUUUCUUUGCCAAUGGAUAUUAUGAAGUCACGCCACCGACUUUAGUCCAGACACAGGUGGAAGGAGGCUCAACCCUGUUCAAACUGGAUUAUUUUGGUGAAGAGGCGUACUUAACCCAGUCAUCCCAGCUCUAUCUGGAGACCUGCAUUCCAGCACUGGGCGAUGUUUUCUGUGUUGCUCAGUCGUACAGAGCUGAGCAAUCCAGGACCCGCAGACACUUGGCAGAAUACACUCACAUUGAAGCUGAAUGUCCUUUUAUAAGUUUUGAGGAUUUAUUGGACCGUCUGGAGAACUUGGUUUGUGAUGUCGUAGACAGAGUCUUGAAAUCACCUGCAUCGAGCUUAUUGUAUGACCUAAACCCGGGCUUCAAGCCCCCGAAACGUCCUUUCCGACGAAUGAACUACACCGAAGCCAUUGAGUGGUUAAAGGAACAUGAUGUGAAGAAGGAAGAUGGUACUUACUAUGAGUUUGGGGAAGAUAUUCCUGAAGCUCCGGAGAGAUUGAUGACAGACACCAUUAAUGAGCCAAUCUUGUUGUGCCGAUUUCCUGCAGAGAUAAAGUCUUUCUACAUGCAGCGCUGCCAUGAGGAUUCCCGGCUUACGGAAUCCGUUGAUGUGUUGAUGCCUAACGUUGGUGAAAUUGUUGGAGGCUCCAUGCGUAUCUGGGACAGCGAGGAGCUACUCGAAGGCUAUAAGAGAGAGGGCAUUGAUCCCACGCCGUACUACUGGUACACUGAUCAGAGGAAAUACGGUACCUGCCCUCACGGUGGCUAUGGUUUGGGAUUAGAACGGUUCCUGACCUGGAUCCUGAACAGACACCACAUCCGAGAUGUCUGUCUCUAUCCACGCUUUGUCCAGCGCUGCAAACCUUAGCCGUCCUCCUGAUAAACUCCUAGAAAAUGAGCAACUCAGGCCUGGAAAAGAACGAUACACUCUGCUAUACUACAGCUGUCUGAGGACAAGACUUACUGCAACCUGUUGCUAAAACAAAUACUCAUUUAGGGCAUGAAAAAGAAAAUAAACAAAACCCUUUUUUAAUGGAAAAUGCUACUAAUUAACUGGAAGAAGCCUUAGAAAAAAGUCAUUAGGUACAUUCGUGCUCUCAAGUCCACAUAAAACAAAGAUCUUGAUAAGCUGUCACUUGAAAAACAAGAUAUGCUUCUGCUUUUAAUUUCUAUGUCUUAAAAUAUGCUGGGCGUUUGACUUUUUUUUUUUUUUUUCAAUUUGCUUUAAUUUCGGUCUGUUUUCUCUUAUGGUUUCUUGGAAAAAUCAGGUGUUCAAGCUCUUUAAAUUCCCAAAUACUGGCCUCUGAGAAUGCUGUGAAGAGACAUCAUCUAAAGAGCUCACCGAAGUAUAAAAAUGGGAAUAAUUACGUUAAGUGCUACAACCUUUUAGCUCCUACUGUUUUUAAUGGAAGUUCUGUUUGCGUUGACUCAGUUGCAAGGUAUGUAGUGUUGAGCACGAACUUCCACUGCAAGAUCCGUGGCUUGGUUGGGUUUUUUCCAGGUAAUUUAUUGGUUAGAAAGGCCGCGGGUGAGGGGGGUGCUGCUCCUUGUGGGCCAAGCGCCGCGGCGGGUCCCUGCACCCCCAGCCCGUGCUGGGGUACAGUAGGAGGGGACGUGUCUGUCGGCUCGCGGACACGGGGACGCUUGGGGUGCCUCUCCAAUUAAGAUUCUGCCGUGUUUCAAACCAGAAAUGACUGAAGACCCCGAGGAAGGGGUACCCGUGAAAUGCGGUUGGCGGUCGCGUUGCGUGCUGGCUGCGUUGCUGGCCUCUCCAGCUGGAGUGCAGUUGGAGCAGUGCUUCCCCCCGUCACCCUACAGUAGGUUCCAUAGUCGGGCAGUUCCGUGUUUCCUGGCUGGCUCCUUGUGUUCUUGUGCUACUGCAUCCGAGCAGAUUCUCUGGCUGUAAGCAAGUUAUCAAAUAGGACUAAUUAAAUAUUUAGUGUGUUGAGUCAUCUGUAUGCUUUUUAGUCAUAAAUAAAGCAAUUCCUUUUAGUAGAGAGGGGAAAAAAAAAAAAAAAAAUCAGUAGGUGCAUCAUUUGGUACCUGCACAGAGACUUGUUCUGGAUUUGCCCUUCACAGAAUUGUUACACUGUGCGAUAUCCAUAUUUUUGUAAUAAAUCACUGGUGGUGUUCAUCUUGCAUGUUACAUAUAUAAACUGGUCUAAAUCAGCAACCAAUAAAUUAUGGCAACAUAA